GGCCUCUGAGUGGCGCUGUGCUGCGCUGGUUAAAGGACCUCACUUCCUGAACGUCGAGUUGACGGCUGUUGGGUGGUGGUGUUGGUCGACGCUUCCCUACUGGAUCUGAGAGGGAGCAACAGAGACAGAAAGAUUUUUUAACCUUUCUUUAUCUUUUGUAGUAUGUUUGAUAUGUUAAUUAAUUAAUGAAUUAAUGUGAAAAUUAAGUAGUAUCGAUAUAGGUAGAUAACAAUUCAGAUAGCAUUGUUCUUGCUAGUUUAGGCAAAUUAGCUGUAACGUUAGCAACGUGUUUUCCUACUUCCUAUUUGGCAAAUUGCUUAUUUGAUUCUGGCCCUGUUCGAUUUAUUUUCAAAAAAAUUGAAAACUUUAAGUAUUUCAACAACCAUGUGUAAGAAAGGCCGUUUUUGCGCAGAAAUAGUAUAAAACUACAACUACCAAAAUCCCGCGCUUCCUGAGUUGAAAACGUCAUCAAAUCGCGCUGAAAAGAAAUGGAAAAGCGUCAUCAGGAGCAGCAACGCCGUUUUUCCUGAGCAACUUUGGUGGGUGUGGUUAUGAGCAGUCCCAUGGCUGGCUCCGCCGCCUCCAGUUCUAAAGACCGUCCAGUUUCUAGGACCAGUUUCAUUCCAGAGCUACAGAGCAUGAUGUUUGCUCUGGGAGACGCCCGCAGGCCUCUGCAUGAGACAGCAGCUCUGGUGGAGGACAUUGUGCACACACAGCUUAUUACGAUGCUGCAUCAGGCCUGCGAGGGGGCGGCUCUUCGUGGGUCAAGGGUCAUUUCAGCAGAGGACAUCCUGUUCCUGAUGAGGCGGGACAAAAGGAAGGUGGUGAGGUUAUUAAAAUAUCUCCAGUUUAGGGAUUAUAAAUCCAAACUACUCAAAACUCUGGAGGAUGAAGACGCGCCGCAAGAAAUGGGUGGUAACCAGCGGAGGCAGCGAUUGGCUCAGGAUUUUCUGGUGUGGAUGGAUCAGACCGGCGACCUCCUGUCAUUGGCUGAGCGGCAAGAAGUGGACCCCGUCAAACAAGAGCGGCUGGAGCGUUUAGAGCGUCAGACUCGAGCUAUGGACCCGAAUCACUACUCCGAGUUCUGUGAGAGUCGACAGCUCAGCUUUGCGAAGAAAGCGUCAAAGUUUCGGGACUGGCUUGACUGCAGCAGUUUAGAGCUGAAACCCAACAGCAUCGCCAUGGAGAUCCUGUCGUACCUGGCCUACGAGACUGUUGCCCAGAUUGUGGAUUUGUCUCUGUUGGUAAAGCAGGAAAUGGCUGCGAAGACCAAUCCCAUCAGUCAUGUGAUCUCUGCCAGCUACAUCCACUACAACACUCACACAGAGGUCAAGAAGGAUCCAGACUCACCUGAAGCCACUCCCCCUUCCACCCCAGGCUCCUCCCACUCUUCAAAACCCCUCCUACAAGGGAACGGCAGUCUGGACGGCCGGGCCAGACAGAGGAAACGCAAAAAGAGCUGUCCGGCUACAGUGGAACCUCCCAGUGGAGCCAUCCAGCCCUGUCACAUCAGAGAGGCGAUCAGAAGAUACAACUACAGACACACAAGUGCUUACUGGAAGAGUGGGAUGUCCUUCCUCACCUGCUGAAGUAUCCUGUCCUGGACUGCGGGGGUUCGUGGGGUACGCAGCCCUGUUGUCAUGGUGUUGGUGACGCUGUACUCUGACAGGAGUGCCGAGGACGCCGAGUUGCCGCUCUCGCUCUCCUCUGCAGCCUGGCGGGCGACCUCGCUGGCGACGCCCAAUUUGACGACUUCCUCCAGCUCAGCAUCGCUGAUCUAUGAAUCAAAUAGAAAUAAACACUGGUGAAAUAUCUGGGAAAAGAUCAAUUACAAAAACUGAAUGUACUUAACAUAAAUCAAGAAUGUCAGAAUAACAGUAAACAGGACAUGUCUGGACCGACUGCACUGCUCUGAGAGAUUUAUAGCAGAUUAAAGUUAAAGCAGUCCAGGUGUUGGUGUGAAGUAGUUACCUGUGGUGUAGGUAAGACCAGCUUGGAGCGUUUCUUGGUGAACUCAGCCACUCCGCUGGUCUGCAGGAUGGCAGAUGGGAGAUCGCUCUCUUUCUUCUUCUUGAUCUUCUGUUUAUCUUUCUUCCUCUCCCUCUCCUCUUGCUCACUACCCACAAAAAAAACAGUUUAGGUACGAAGACCGUGAGUUCAUUGGGUGUGUGUGAAUGUGUUUACUUUGUGUGUGUCCUCAUGACACACAAUUAGCCGUGCUCACUGUUUCUGUUUACACUUCAACAAUGUAUUUGUGUUUAUGUGCUAACAUGAUUGUUAUUUAAUGCAUAUGUGUUCAUUGUGUAUUUUCUGUACUUUUGUUUUCGCAGAUUACACUUGUGUGUGUUCUGGUGUUAUCCAAACUGUAUGUGUGUAGAAAACACAGUGCGUGAUGUUACUGACCUGCGUAGUUCUCCAUCCAAGUGCUGCUGUCUGAGUCGUUUGAAGUUUGGCUCCAGAGCGACGUACUGCUCCAUGCUGGUGUCAUAGAAACCCUUGAAGUCAACAAUAAUGAACAAUAAAUAAAUUAA